AUGUCCCCUGCGACGAACACAAGUUUGCUAAAUAAAAGUGAUUGCGGUGAAAAAAAUGAGGAAAUAUCACAAGCAGCCAUAAAAUUUAGACUAGUAAAGGAAUUGCAUAUUCUGAGCAUUUCGAAUAUCGAAAAUCCCUACCAAUCAAUUCAGCUCGUGACCACUGCAACGUCGAUUUCUAUUACCCUUUCAACGUCAUAUUCUGACAGUUCAUUGCCGGUUGGCUCUAGUAAUGGCGAGAGUGAUUUUCAGAAACCUCGCCAACGGAAGCAAAAUGUUCAACACGGACAAUAUGUUGUUCCCGGGUUAAGCACUGAAUUGAGCAGUGACGAUGGCUACUCCUCAUGUAAUAAUGAGAGACGUAAAAGUAAUAACUAUAGGCGGAGAGGCAACCAGAGUAUGUCCAAGGCACAUCAUACCCCUCGGCCUAGAAGCAUUAGCACCAGCAGCGCUGAAAGUGGCGUUUUCUCUGGUGACGACUGCAACUACCAGCCACUACCGCCUAGGAUAAGUGACUGCGUUGUAGACACAGUGAAUAAUAAUCGCAACAAUCGGGGGACUCAUCAGAAUUUCUCGAAAAAUCGUCGAUUUACUAGAAAUUUACAAGGAAUGCCGACUUCGGCGACACACUUCGCCAGCAGCAAAGCCUUUAAUGCGCCGGCGGCUCCGACCUUGCCACAACCGCCACAGAGUUGGCUGCUAGGCAGCGCGAAGAGCCUCGUUAAUGAAGCAGAGAGCGCAGAUGAGCAAGAAAUGGCAAAGAAGGCAGACACCUUCGAUUUUUAUAAUUUGAACAUGUUGCUUUCAGUGAAAGCAUAA